GGUUUCCUGAUUUGGAAUCUUUGGUCCCUGUAAAGCUUUCGUUUAAAGUAACUUUAAGUUAUUUAGAGUUUAUAAAUGUUCAACUAUACAUUGCAAUGAGAUCGGGUGUUGGCAUGGAGAUCUUGUUAACGGAAUCAGGCGACGAUUAGAAUGAUCUAGAUUGCCAUGUUUUGAGCAAAAUAUGAAAAUAUGAUCGCUUUUUUUUUCUUACCUGAAUUUGGAAAUGAUAUAGUGAUGACCCAAAGUUAUUACGAGGAAACAAAAAAAAAUCAAAUUAAAAAAAUCACCAAUAAAAUUGGAUGACUGAAUUUCUAGCUUCAAGACGACGAUGUGGUUUACAAUCUUCACCGCCUUGCUGAUCACAACCGUCACCAUCGUCAACUGUAACCUCAUCAACCUUGACAACAUUUGGACCUCGACAUCGACAUUCCAUCGUGACCACGACUUUGCCCUAAUUGGUCACGUGAUAAAGACCCUGCCUGUGUUCAUUGCCGACUGCCUGGUAGCUUGCCAGGAAACGCUAAGGUGUUUCUCAGUGAACUAUAUUAAUUUUCACAAUGGUACGUUCAGUUGCGAGUUGAAUUGGUCAAACAAGAAACAAAGCAAAGACUCGUUUGUGAGAAGAGAAGGCUAUGAAUACGCUGAACCAAAGCUUUUCCUGAAUUGUGAAGGAAAGUCAUGUGCACAAAAAGCUAUAGAAGAUGAUGGAUGGUUCAAAUUCAACUCGUCACUGUUCAAGAUGAUCUACAACAAAACAACAUGGACCGGUGCAAAAGCCCAUUGUAACUCUCUUGGCGGUGACCUGGCAUCUUUUGGAUCGCACACAGAAUAUAGAUUCGUCCAAGAAACCAUGCUUUACUAUGAUUUCUUGAUGGACACACGAAUCGAGACUUACAGUUUGCACAGAGGAGCAGCCAUAGUAAACARGGACAACCGAAAGGCCGUUUACUUUGACGGAGUUGAUGGUUACGCAACUGUUCCAAAGUUCGACAUUAGUAAAAGCGACUUUACCAUAGCUUUUUGGUUUAAAGGUGCCGGAAGCAACUAUGGAUUUUGGAACAUCUUCAACGAUAAAACGAGMAACUCAAAACAACAGUUCACAAUAUACAUAUACUAUCAUUACAUGUCAUUUGCAUUUUUUAAUUCUGAYGGYGAACACUUGGUACCGAAAGGAUUUUCAAUAACUAAUAUCCCAUUUGGACAAUGGCAUCAUGCGGCCAUCACUUGGAAUCGUCAAACAAAGCAAUAUAUAUUAUACGRAAAUUCCGUUCAGAAAAUAUUGAAUUCAACUCAAGAAAACGUUGAUCUCUUUAACACCGGAGAAUCCAAUUACGAAAUUGGCGGGAACGAUGGAAAAUUGAUGUUUAACGGCUGGAUAAGUGAUUUGGUUGCUCUUUCGCAAGAAAUGAAACAACCUGAGAUUGAGAAUUUGAAAGAUGGUCACUAUUUUGGAGCAUGGAUCGGAUUGAAUGACAUAGACGAGGAAGGCACRCUCAAGUGGUCCAACGACCAACCGCUGACAUACAUGUCUGCAGUACAAAAUCAGGACCCUGGCAAGGAUUGCGUGUAUUUGAGAAAGGGCAAGGGAUCGAUUCUAACAUGGAACCUAGAGUCAUGCUCUGAUGAACAUCCAUUCAUUUGCCAAAAACUCUGAACAUCUAUGAAUUAAUUUUGUUCACAAAAAUAUAAGGUUUUCGCAUAAACCUUUUUCCUGUMYAUUUAUUAGAUUGAUUUAGCACCAUACAAUUAAGCAUUAAAAACAUUCAACAUUACAUUUCAAAGAAAAUAUGUUCAAAUCCAUAAAAUCUGUCGAUCUCAGAUUUGGGAAAAAAAAGGUAAGCACUACGUUUUUCAAUGCAUUUUUUCGUUCAAACUUCUGUUUAGAUGAGCAGCUUUUUUAAAAGAAGUCAAGAAAGCGUAAGAUAUGUAUAAUCCUAUAUGGAAGUAAAAAGCUCUAGGAGUGGCACACUUUUAAUGUACAU